UGAGAAUUAACGAAGUAAAAUUCGUAUGUAGCAUGCUUAGCGUAAAAACAACGAACACCAAAGCUUCGUUUCAUCUCAACCGUCUGAUGAAAUCUUCAAUCUUCAUCAUGUAGAAAAUUUACAUUAGUACAUAAUUAUAUUGUACACUCGUCCAUACUAAAUCAUUUUAAAAUCCCCUUUUUCUCAUAAACCCUAAAUUUUUCCGACUAAUCUGAAGAAAUUUUAGCAGAUCGUAACCCUAAAAAUUAGUGAGAGAAUUAACUUCAAUGGAUGAUGGAGAUUUGAGUGAUAGCCCAAAUGAGCCAAAGAAGGUGAAAUCUAGGGCUCCUAAAAAAACUAAAGAAAGUGUUCUCAAGCAGAAAUCACCAGCGGAGUUCUUCGCGGAGAACAAGAAUAUUGCUGGAUUCGACAAUCCUGGGAAAUCUCUAUACACUACUGUGAGAGAGUUGGUUGAAAAUGCUCUUGAUUCUGCAGAGUCUAUAUCAGAGCUUCCUAUUGUGGAGAUUACAAUUGAAGAGAUAGGAAAAAGUAAAUAUAACUCUAUGAUUGGUCUUGUUGAUCGAGAGCGAGUUGAUCAAGAAUUAUAUGAUGACUACGAGACAGCUAAGGCUCGUGAGAAACGCAUGGCAAAGGAAGCCCGUGAACAAGAAAGCCAAGCAAAAAGUGUGGCUUUGGGGAAGAAAGUUAAAGAGACUUCUGUGAAGGCUGUCAAAGGUCGCAGUGAAGCCUCAUUUUUCAGGGUGAUCUGUAAGGAUAAUGGAAAAGGAAUGCCGCAUGAUGACAUACCCAAUAUGUUUGGGAGAGUUCUAUCUGGAACAAAAUAUGGGCUGAAACAAACACGUGGGAAAUUUGGACUGGGGGCUAAGAUGGCAUUGAUUUGGUCCAAGAUGAGUACUGGACUACCUAUAGAGAUCUCAUCAGCAAUGGAAGGGAAAAAUUAUCUAUCAUUUUGCAGGCUGGAUAUUGACAUUCAUCGGAACAUUCCACAUAUUCAUUUACAUGAAAAGCGUGAAAGUAAGGACGGUUGGCAUGGAGCUGAAAUCCAAGUUGUCAUCGAGGGAAAUUGGACUACUUACCGGUCUAAGAUAUUGCAUUACAUGCGUCAGAUGGCUGUCAUCACGCCUUAUGCUCAAUUCCUCUUCAAAUUUGUCUCCGAAACAUCUGAGAAAAAUGUCACUAUACAAUUUGCACGACGAACAGAUGUAAUGCCUCCAGUACCCUUGGAAACAAAGUAUCAUCCAUCUGCUGUUGAUCUAUUACUCAUCAAGCGGCUUAUUGGUGAAACUUCAAAGCAGAAUCUGUUACAAUUUCUUCAACACGAGUUUGUGAAUAUAGGAAAAUCUCAUGCUCAGCGUCUGAUUGGAGAAAUGGGCCAGGAAUUCAGCCCAAAGAUGGCUGUAAAAUCACUGACUUCACAGCAGAUAGUUCGCAUACAUCAGCUGUUUCGUCAGGCUAAAUUUGGUGAUCCUAGUGGUGAAUGUCUCAGCCCUGCAGGGGAGUACAAUCUCCGUUUAGGAAUUAUAAAAGAGUUGCAUCCAGACAUGGUUGCGACUUACUCAGGCAGUGCUCAAGUAUUUGAAGGCCACCCUUUCCUUAUUGAGGCGGGUGUCAGUGUUGGUGGCAAAGAUGUUAAACAAGGUUUAAACAUUUUUCGGUUUGCCAACCGGAUUCCACUUCUUUUUGAGCAAGGUGCUGAUGUUGUCACAAGGACAGCUGCAAAGAGGAUCAAUUGGGCCAGCUACAAGAUCAACCAAACUCAAGACAAAAUUGGAGUCUUUGUAAGCAUUGUAAGCACUAAAAUUCCUUUCAAAGGGACAGGAAAAGAAUACAUUGGUGAUGAUAUUAGUGAGAUAGCUUCAGCGGUCAAGUCCGCUAUCCAGCAAUGUUGUAUCCAGUUGAAGUCCAAAAUUAUGAAGAGAAUUCAGGCUAGGGAGCAGCAGGAAAGAAAGCGAAAUAUGAGCAAAUACAUUCCUGAUGCUGCAAAUGCUAUCUUUGAAGUCCUCAAAGAAGCAGCACAAUUGCAUGCAUCUAAGAAGAGAAAAUAUGACGGUGAGGAUGCAGAGAUAUUGGGAAAGGUGGCCACUCGUGCUUUAACAACAGAAACACUUAAAGAGAAACUUGCCAGACAUGUUGAGCAGGUCGACUAUGAAAUGGCGCUUGAAUAUGCUACCCAGACUGGAGUUAGCGAGGCACCGAGAGAAACUAUCUAUAUACAGUCACUGGAGUCGAAAACCGACUUUAUUGACCUGCAUAGUCCUGUUUUUGUUUUCAGACUUUUCCAAUAAGCAGUAGGAUCAGGUAUAAUAAGUUCACCAUUCAUCAUUCUUUCUAAAAGAUUUUGUUAGACAUCUGAUGUAGUUACUACUUACUUUACAAAUGUAAUAAGUUGUAAACUUGUAAUAUUAUUUUUAGUUAAUUAGGCAGUAGGGCUGUUUGUAAUCCCUCUUUCAUAGUGAGUGAUACAAUCUUGUACAGGCGAAUUCUGUUUUUUUUUUUCCUCUUUCAAUAUGUAAACAGAACACAUUAAAUGAAUGUAUAAGUUUGAGCAAAAGGAUACAGAUUUAGUGCA